AUGGCACCGGAUCCAGGAUCAGAAGCAGAGUAUAUAAAAGAGAAGGCACGGAGGGAUUUGCUGAAUCUUCUCGAAGGUGUUCGAGGCAAAAAGAACCUUGUAAUUAGCAAGGACCUGGCUGGACCGGUUGGCUUGUUUGUUAAGUUUUCGGUUCUCCAGGAGUAUGGAGUCGACCGGGUGUUUCUGCUUGAGAAUGGAAAUACCGAUUCUUCCCAGAAGAAUAUUGUCUUCCUUGUCCAUGCUGAAAAGCCUGCUCAAGUACAAUCCACCGCCGACCAAAUAAGAAAGCUUCAACGGAAUGGUACUGUCGAACAUGAAUUCUCCAUAUUUUGGGUCCCUCGCCGUACGCUUGUUUGUAAUCAAAUUUUAGAAGAUGAUGGCAUUAUCGGAGAUGCCAAUAUCGCGGAAUUUCCUCUCUAUUUUCUACCCUUGGAAAGCGACAUCCUUUCCUUAGAGUUAGACACUUCCUUUCCUGAUCUCUAUCUGCACAAGGACAUAGGCCCGAUUUAUCUUUCUGCAAAGGCGUUGAUGAAUCUUCAAUUGCGGCAUGGUUUCUUCCCUCGCAUUAUUGGAAAGGGAGACAAUGCGAGAAAACUAGCAGACCAGUUACUGCGAAUGAGAAAGGAACUCGAUGCUGAAGAAACCGCUGGUAUGAACGAUGGAGCCGGGAGAGGCCUUAUGAUUAGCUCUAUGACGGAAAGUUUGAUCAUUAUAGACCGAGACGUAGAUUUCGCAACGGUUCUACUCACCCAGCUGACAUACGAAGGCCUCCUUGAUGAAUUUUUUGAAAUCUCACAUAAUCAAACAGAAGUUGACGCUAUGGUCAUCGGCCCCUCUGCUCCUACUCCCUCAUCUUCCCAAGGAACGUCGUCAGGUACAUCGUCCGGGACUCAGAAACAGGGUUUAAAACGAAAAAUACAACUGGACUCAUCGGAUCACCUGUUCAGUCAACUCCGAAAUGCAAAUUUUGCUAUAGUUGGAGGUCUAUUAAACAAAGUCGCUCGUCGAUUAGAGAGUGACUAUGAAAGUCGCCAUGGCGCCAAGUCAACUUCUGAACUCCGAGAAUUUGUCAAUAAACUACCAGCAUACCAGGCGGAACACACCAGUCUUAAAGUACACACAAAUCUCGCUGAAGAGAUUAUGCAGCAAACCCGUUCUGACAUUUUCAGAAAAACCCUUGAGAUUCAACAAAAUAUAGCAGCAGGGACAGAUCCAAUAUACCAACAUGAUAGUAUCGAGGAACUCAUCGCCCGGCAUGUUCCCAUACAUACCGUUCUCCGACUACUCUGUCUCGAGUCCUGCAUGUCUGGUGGCAUGCGACCGAAGGAUCUGGAAAAUUUCAAGAAGCUGAUAUUGCAGGCGUAUGGCUACCAACAUCUUCUAACCCUCCACGCCCUUGAGAAAAUGGAGCUCUUGCAGGCGCGGUCUUCUGCGACCGCCAUGUUACUCUCGACUGGAGGUGGCCCAGCAGGCUUGAAAACCAAUUAUAGCUAUCUUCGCAAAAGUCUACGACUUAUCGUUGAUGAAGUGAACGAACAAAAUCCGGACGACAUCGCAUACGUAUAUAGUGGCUAUGCCCCACUGAGCGUUCGCCUCGUCCAAUGCAUAUUGCAGAAACCAUAUAUCCUAUCUCUCACAAAAGGCACUCCCGCCCCCGCUGCAGGAGCAUCGACCAGCAUUUCGUCCCCUGCAUGGCUAGGGUUCGAAGAUGUUGUAAAAAGUGCGCGAGGUUCCACGUUCAAUAUCGUCCAAAAGGCCGAUGAGAAGGCAGCGAGGGCGCGACAGACGCUCUCAGGGACGGGAGGUGUUAAGACGGUUAUCAUAUUUUUUCUUGGCGGGAUUACGUUUACAGAGAUUGCUGCGUUGCGGUUUAUUGCGGGCAAGGAAUCAGCUCGACGACGGAUUGUUAUUUGUACGACUGGGAUUAUAAGCGGGAAUCGGAUGGUUAAAGCCGCGAUUGAAACAAAGGGGUUUGUUAAGUCUACUAAAUAA